AUGACGGAUAAAUUAAAAGAAUUAAAAAUUAAAACUGGUGUCGCAAAACGAACAUGGAAAGAAUAUUUAUCAUAUAAAAAAGAAUGUGAUAAUGAAAAACGUAGAGUUGAAAAAAUGACAAAUGAAGGUCGAGAUGAAUACGAUCUUAGAAAAGCGCAAGAAGUAUUAAAAGAAACUGAAUCAAUGAUUUCGCAUACAAAAAGUAGUUUUAUUAAAGCAUGGAAUGAAUUUCAAAAUGUUUAUAAUGCAGCAACAAAUGAUGAGACAUUAAAACAAUCAAAAGAAUAUGAAGAAGCACAAAACGUUCAUGAUGAUCUUGAUAAAGCUCAACAAGAGGAUCGAGCUGCACAAGCAUAA